AAAAAAAAAGUAUAGUGGCCCAGAUUCUCCCACGUGUCAUCCCACGUGGCACUCGUUACAUCCUGAAAAACGAUUCGCCUCCAUUUUCUGAGUCCGUCUGAAACUUCGAACUAAAGGCCGUUGCUUUUAGUAAACGGAAAUUCAAAAACUGAGCUAGCUCCGAUGAACGGGAACGAGGACGUGAAGAUGGAAAAUCGCAGAGAAGCUUUGGUGUAUAUGUCGGGAUAUUUACCGGGUGUCUCGCCGGAAAAGUCGCCGAUGCUGUCUCUGGAGCCGGUCCAGUUUCCGAGUCCGAUGGACGGUGGAGAUUCGUGGAGGGACGUCUGCGGUGGCGGCUGUGGAUUCGCUAUGGCCAUCUCAGAGAGUGGGAAACUGAUAACUUGGGGAUCGGCGGAUGAGGAAGGACAGAGCUACUUGGUUGCGGGGAAGCAUGGGGAGACUCCAGGGACAUUUCCUCUCCCAACUGAAGUCUCACUGGUCAAGGCUGCUGCUGGUUGGGCCCAUUGUGUUUCUGUUACAGAGACUGGUGAAGUAUAUACAUGGGGGUGGAAAGAGUGUGUUCCCUCAGGGAAGGUAUUCCAUGAUUUGGCUCUGGUGGGAAGUAUUGAGAAGGAUGCUACAACUACCGGGAAACUAAGUUCAUUACCAGCUGAACAAGGAAGAUCAUUGUCUCAAGGCUUCAAUUUUAGUGGUGAGACAGUAUCUCAUCUUGACAGCAAAAGGGCCGGAGAGGAAAUUGCAAAGCGAAGGAAAACUUCGUCAGCUAAAUUAGAACCUGAAAGCUCAACAGCAGCUGAUGAACUCUUCAUCGCAUCGCCUUGUCUUGUAACAAUGGGUCCUGGUGUGAGGAUCACUACAGUUGCUGCUGGUGGACGCCACACUUUAGCAUUAUCAGAUAUGGGACAGGUUUGGGGUUGGGGCUAUGGAGGCGAAGGACAGCUAGGUUUGGGUUCACGGAUGAAGAUGGUCUCUUCUCCUCAUCUCAUACCCUGCAUCGAUCAAUCUGCUUCUGGGAAGGACAAGUUUUCUGCAGUAUCUCAAGGAUCAAAAUUUCCUGGAAGUUAUGUGAAGGAAAUCGCUUGUGGGGGUCGACAUAGUGCAGUAAUAACAGAUGCAGGAGCACUGCUUACUUUUGGCUGGGGCCUGUAUGGACAGUGUGGGCAAGGGAAUACGAAAGAUCAGCUAAAAGUUACUCGUGUGGAGUCAUUAGUGGAUACUAGAGUGAAAAGUAUAGCUGCUGGACUAUGGCAUACUCUCUGUAUAUCUGUUGAUGGCCGUGUAUAUGCUUUUGGGGGUAAUCAGUUUGGACAAUUGGGAACAGGUGCUGAGGAAGCUGAGACUCUACCUAGGCUUCUGAACUCUUCAAGUCUGGAAAAUAAGCAUGCCAAAGCAGUUUCCUGUGGAGCACGCCAUAGUACUAUACUGACGGUUUCAUUUAUUUGUUUGCAGAAGAUGGUCAGUUAUUUAGCUGGGGAUGGAACAAGUAUGGGCAGCUUGGUCUGGGUGAUUCUGUGGAUAGGAACAUUCCUUGUCAAGUUUCUAUAGAUGGCUGCUUGCCUAAGCAUAUUGCAUGUGGCUGGUGGCACACGCUAUUGCUGGCGGAAAUACCCAUUUGAAGUGAUGUCCAUUAGAAACAGAGACAAGAGGAUGACAGUUAGGAUUGACCGACUAGCGGUCUGUGUUCUUAAAUGCAUGCUGUUUGUGCAGAAUAUAACAUUUUAUCAAUACGUGCGUGCACGGAGGCUAUGAGCUUUGUAUUCCAUUCUUUGUAGUUUUUUGAAGCUAAUAGUCUUCAAACAGCAAAUAACAGAUAAAUCUCUCUUGAGUUUGUACACAAACAAUAUAAGUACUUCUAGUGAUUCAUAUA